AUGAAGGCAUGGACCCUCAUUUUAGGCCUCGCAGCCUGCGCAGCCAGUUUCCCAUCAGCGGAUAACCUCCACCACAUGGGCAUGCACAACCACAGAAAGAUAGACAAGCGAUGCCCCAUGGCAGAGAUGCAAGCUGAGUUCCAGCGCCAAAUCAAGGAGAAGCAACACGACAAGCGCUUUCUCUUUGAUACCAUGGACAAGCCCAUCGACAUAACCGGAGAGCAUUCAUUCCAGCCGCCGGACUUUGAGAAUGGAGACCAGCGCGGCCCUUGUCCUGGUCUGAAUGCUCUUGCGAACCAUGGCUAUAUUCCGCGUAGCGGUAUUGCUCCUUUCGGCCAAGUCAUUACUGCGAUCAACAAGGUAUACGGAAUGGGCGUCGACCUCGCCCUCAUCCUCGCCAUCAUGGGCACCGUCUGGACCGGAAACCCGCUCUCCAUCAACCCCGGCUUCUCCAUCGGCGGCCGCGACACGGGCUCCAACAACAUCCUCAACAACGGCCUCGGCCUACUCGGCGAGCCCCAAGGCCUGCGCGGCUCCCACAACUUCAUCGAAUCUGACUCGUCCAACACGCGCGACGACCUGUACGUAACGGGCAACGCGUGGACGAUGAACAUGACGCUCUUCCAGGAAUGGUACGACAUGUCGGUCGACGGGACGUUCUCGAUGGACCUGAUGGCCGAGCGCGCGGCGAUCCGGUUCGAGCAGACCAAGGCGUCGAACCCGGAGUUCUACUACGGGCCCGUUACGGGGUUUCUGGCGCGCAAUGCUGGGUAUCUUUUUCCGGCGAGGUUGUUUCGGAAUCACUCGAGUGAAUUGCCGGAGGGUGUUCUGACCAAGGAGAUUGUACGGAACUUCUAUGGUGUCUAUGGGAGUGAGGGCAAUCUCACCUACAGAGAGGGCUGGGAGCGGAUCCCCGAGAACUGGUACAAGACGCCCGUAGACUGGGGCCUCCUCAACCUCAACGCCGAUCUCCUCGGUUGGGCGAUCAAGCACCCCGAGCUCGCAAGCAUCGGCGGCAACACCGGAACAGUAAAUAGCUUCACAGGCCUCGACCUAUCGGACCUCACCGGCGGCGUGUUGAAUGUAACGACCCUUCUCGAAGACAACAACCUCCUCUGCUUCAUCUUCGAGGUCCUCAAAUUCCUCAGCCCGAAUGCGCUGGCGGGAAUAUACAAAACCCUUGCGAUUCCUCUGGAGCUUAUCACGGAUGCGCUUGCGGCGCCGUUGCUGGAUCUCGCGUGUCCGGCGUUUGAGGAUAUGCAGGUUGGUGGCAAGCCACUUUGGGAGAGCCUCGAGGAGUUGUUUCCGGGAGCGUUGAAGAGUGCGAGUGUGUUGUGA